AUGGCAACCUCGUUGUCUGAUCUGACUACUACUGUGGAAUCUGCUUUGUCGAGCCUCCCACCUUCUGAUAAAAUCGAAGAUGCCGAGCGUAUGCGGCUCCUAGGCAUAAUCAACCAGCUUCAAACGGCGCUAGAGCCUCCUCUUCUGUCUAUUCAGCGGCUUUGUUUCUCACAUUAUGGUAUCGUUGCCGUUCGGGUCGCCCAGGGUAUGGGGGUUUUCGACUCAUUCGUCGAAGCCCAGGGUACGGAGAUGACCUUAGCAGAACUUUCAUCAAAAACUAAAGGCGAUGAAGCGCUUUUAAAACGUAUUAUGCGUUAUCUUUGUGCGCAUCAUAUCUUUAAGGAAACUACUCAAAACACAUACCAGCCUUUACCGCUAGCCAUGAUUUUCGGGACCGGCUCUGUACCCGGAGACAUGAUUAAACACUUUCAUACAAAUUUACAAGUGACUGCAAAGAUGUUUGAGUAUUUCGAGAAGAACGGUUAUAAAAACCCUGAGGAUCUUAACGACGCUCCCUUUCAACUUGCAUACAACACACGCGAUACCUAUUUCGAAUGGCUGCAAAAGAAUCCUACAGAACAACAAGUCUUCAACUCGGUCAUGACGGAGAGUCUACAGUAUUGCGGCAAGGACUGGUUCAACAUCUACCCCGUCCCAGAGAAGCUGAAGUGCUCUCCAUCCCGCGUUUUGCUUGUUGAUAUCGGCGGUGGUGUCGGCCAUGAUAUUAUAGCUUUUAGGAAACAGUUCCCUGAGCUACCAGGCAAGCUGGUUGUUCAGGAUCUGGCCCACGUGAUUGAUGACAUCCAAGAGCCAUUACCAGACAGUAUUACUGCAGUUGCACACAAUAUGUUUGAUCCACAGCCAUUCCGUGGUGCUAAGUCGUACUAUAUGCGAACAGUAUUGCAUGAUUUCCCGGACAGACAAGUCGUGGCUGCUCUGUCUCGCAUCCGUGAAGCCAUGGCGGAAGACUCCAUCUUGCUCAUCCAUGAGCACACGGUUCCUGAAGGACCUAAUAUGCCACCGCUAGCAGCGACUCUUGAUCUUCAUAUGAUGGAAAUCUUCUCCUCCCUAGAGCGAACAGAGGAGCAGUGGAUUGCUCUCCUUGAAAAGGCAGAGUUCAAGGUGAAUAAAAUCUGGAAGGACCAGUCUAAUGCCCAUCACACUGCUCUGUUUGAGGCUACUUUGUAA